GUUCUCAUCUUUCCAGUCUUGGAGCAGACACUUUGGUGGUUUCUUUACUGCGCCCUAGCUUACAGAGUGCUUGGGGCUUUUCCCCUUGGCUCUAACGAGAACUCAAUUCUUAUCAAGCCCAACAGCCUCACCCCCUGAGGAACUAGGGAACCCUCCAGCCGUCAUGCUUGAAAGCACUCAGUCCAAAGGCAAGCCAAGGAGAGGGUGUCGCCCACACGUGAGCCACUAGAGGCCGCCCGAGAGGCACCUCUUUGGUUUCUGACUCCUGUAUCCGCCCGCCACUGGACCACGUGACUCGCGCCGAUCAGCCCGGCCCCCUCUCGCUUCCGGCAGGGGCGGAAAGCGGAAGUGUGGGAGGGUUUGCGGGGCGGGCUCCGAGAGGAUGGAGCUUUGAGGCGGUCUGGGCGGCUGCCGGCAGCGCCAUGGAGACCGUGCAGCUCAGGAACCCACCGCGCAGGCAGCUGAAAAAGUUGGAUGAAGACAGUUUAACUAAACAGCCAGAAGAGGUGUUUGAUGUCUUAGAGAAGCUUGGAGAAGGGUCUUAUGGCAGUGUGUACAAGGCUAUUCAUAAAGAGACUGGCCAGAUUGUUGCGAUCAAGCAAGUGCCUGUGGAAUCAGACCUGCAGGAGAUAAUCAAAGAAAUCUCCAUAAUGCAGCAGUGUGACAGCCCUCAUGUAGUCAAAUAUUAUGGCAGCUACUUUAAGAACACAGACCUGUGGAUUGUUAUGGAGUACUGUGGGGCUGGUUCUGUAUCUGAUAUCAUUCGGCUACGAAACAAGACGUUAACAGAAGAUGAAAUAGCUACAAUAUUACAAUCAACUCUUAAGGGACUAGAAUACCUUCAUUUUAUGAGAAAAAUACACCGAGAUAUCAAGGCGGGAAAUAUUUUGCUAAACACAGAAGGCCAUGCAAAGCUCGCAGACUUUGGAGUCGCAGGUCAACUUACAGAUACCAUGGCAAAGAGGAAUACAGUGAUAGGAACACCAUUUUGGAUGGCUCCUGAAGUUAUUCAAGAAAUUGGGUACAACUGUGUGGCAGACAUCUGGUCUCUGGGAAUAACUGCCAUAGAAAUGGCUGAAGGAAAGCCCCCAUAUGCUGAUAUCCAUCCAAUGAGGGCAAUAUUCAUGAUUCCUACAAACCCUCCUCCCACAUUCCGUAAGCCAGAGCUGUGGUCCGACAACUUCAUGGAUUUUGUGAAGCAGUGUCUGGUAAAAAGCCCGGAGCAGAGAGCCACAGCCACUCAGCUCCUCCAGCAUCCAUUUGUUAAGAGUGCCAAAGGAGUGUCAAUAUUGCGAGAUUUAAUUAAUGAAGCCAUGGAUGUGAAACUGAAGCGCCAGGAAGCCCAGCAGCGAGAAAUGGACCAGGACGACGAUGAGAACUCAGAGGACGAUGAAGUGGAUUCUGGUACAAUGGUUCGAGCCCCCGGUGAUGAGAUGGGCACUGUUCGAGUAGCCAGCACGAUGAGCGGCGGAGCCAAUACUAUGAUUGAGCACGGUGACACACUGCCGUCCCAGCUGGGCACCAUGGUGAUCAACACGGAGGACGAGGAAGAGGAAGGAACCAUGAAAAGAAGAGAUGAGACCAUGCAGCCUGCAAAACCAUCUUUCCUUGAAUACUUUGAACAAAAAGAAAAGGAAAAUCAGAUCAACAGUUGUGGCAAGAAUGUAUCUGACUCUCCGAAGAAUUCUUCAGAUUGGAAAAUACCACAGGAUGGAGACUAUGAGUUUCUUAAGAGCUGGACUGUGGAGGACCUUCAGAAAAGGCUCUUGGCCCUUGACCCCAUGAUGGAACAAGAAAUGGAAGAGAUCCGGCAAAAAUACCGAUCCAAGCGGCAACCAAUCCUGGAUGCUAUUGAAGCCAAGAAGAGGAGACAACAGAACUUCUGAUAACACCAGCCCAGCCUUUGGUGGCUUCUAGGUUGUUAGACUCAUGUCUGUUAGCCAGCACUUCUGUUCUGUCAUUUUUCCACAGCACCUUUGUGAACUCAGGAAUGUGCGCCAGUGGGAAGGGCUACUUGACAGUCAUCGUGCCAUUUGGUGUGUGCAUUUACACCGGCAAAGUGCGUCUUGAAGGGUUUGUAUUGGUGCUUUUAACUCAGAAUUUUAGCCCACAGCAGCAGAGACUCCUAGUUCAGUGAUAGCUGGGAAAUUUUUUACAUUGUUUCUUUUUUGUUUUCCUCCUAGUAAUAGCUUUUGGUUGCUCGUCCUGGAAGACUUUUUUAAAAAAAAUCUAUAAAUAUGCAUAUAUUAUAUAUAUAUAUAAAUUAUAAAUAGAUUCCCCACCCUGUGUGGUGGUGUCUCUGUACAGGUACAGUUUCAAACACGUCGCCUCUUUCCUGUGAGAUUAUGGUACUGUGCAGCAAGAGCAGAAGACACUGGGAGGCUCUUAGGUGGUCACUGACUCCCAUGCACCAGCUUCACCUGUUACAGGGCUGCAUGGAAAAAUUUAGUCUUGGGUUGGUUGCGCCACCACAGUAACGAGCCUCGAGUGGUCACCACUGGCCUCUGAAGCUGUCAGUGAUGCCAGGAAAAAAACCUGGAGAUCUUGAGUUUGCUUUUUUUCCCAGGAGAAGCCUGGCACCCUCUUUGCAAAGUAGCCUGUGCUGUCUCAACGCCUUUCAUCCAUCUUCACCCUCCCAGCUGCCUAAAGUCUCAUCCCAGAUACUGCCCAGUGCCUUAAGAGGAGACACAUCUGUGAAAGGACAGGCUACCAAGAACUCUCCAGCAAACUGGCCCUAAACCAGCCCUAUCUGGUCCAGAAAAUCUCAGUUUAUGGGAAAAAUCACACACAGCGUUCUGCUUUUCAGUUCUUAGAUACAGGGUAAAGGGCGUUGCUUCCAAGGUCCACAUCCAAAUACAUGAUUGUUUAUUUUUUCCCUCACUGUGGAGGCUCUGGCAAGGGUAAAUUAAUGCCCAACUAAGGCUCACUCCCAGAAGGCUUAGUUGGACUCAGAAUGGCAGAGCUGGAAGGGACUGUCAUAGUCAGUGAGUCUGACCUUAUAUUGUCCAUGUGGGAGAAUGAGACUCAGGAGAGAUGACAUUGCCAAUGCCAUAAAUCAGGUUAAACUAGAAGCGGGGAUUGGAAUUCAGAUCCUUUGUCCUGGAUCACUGAGAGAAUGAAGUUUACCUCACAUUGUCCCAGGAACCCCUGCUUUUUCCUUGCCUCUUUGGUACCUGAGCUGCUAUGGAAAGGCUCCCCAGAGGAGCCAUGUCUUUCAGUCUCAGCAUACUAGUGGGUUCCUUCCAGUGUCUCCCAGAUACAGACAGGCACUGGCGGAGGGCCUGCAGCAGGGUGGAGGGCUUUACGAAAGGCAGGUACAGAACCAUCCCUGCACCUUUGGCUCAAAACUUCAGUCAGAGAGUACUGGGAAGCCAGUUGCCCUAUUAUUUCUUCUCAUUUCAUCCCUCCAAUGGGAGCCCUGAUGGGGUUGCACCUGAGCAUACUGAAAUUUGACUCCUAAUUGCUUUUGCUCCCUAACCCGAGAGUCAAUAAAAAAGCAGAGGAUGUGCUCUUCUGUGACCAGAUUCUGUUCUUUGCAGUUAAAGCAAGUUUUAAAAAAUGCAAGAGGCCUCUGGUCUGCAGGACUUGGCCAGCAAAGUAACUAUGUGACAGAGAGAAUUAGAGGACAAUUCGAGGAUCUUGCUGGGAUGAUAAAUGGCUGCUAGUAUUUCCUGGGUAGCUCAUGGCAGGCACUGAGCUAGGUGUACUACAGGUCUGUUUCAUCGUAAUCCCCUGGGCUUAUUAAGUUAUUUCUCAUUAUCUCUCAUAUGAUGAAAUUGAGUUUGAAAGAUUCCUUCCCACGACACUGUGGAUCUGAAUGCAUGACAUCGUCCUGUGGAGCUAGUCGUCACAGAAACAGGAGAGUCCUAAAUCUUGGAGCAAAGUGACCAUGAUUUCUCAUGAAGUCUUAAGUCUAAGUGGUAUUUUUUUAAAGCUUAGAAACCAGGUGAAUUAAUAGUCAAGUCCCCAAGUCAAAGCCUUUUAAACCCCAGAACGCAUGGCAUGCAUAACAUUGGCUGUGCUACUUAAUAGCCCAGCCUCAAGCUCUUUCCUCUUGAAGGAAAAGGCUUUGGGCUUUGCAGACAGAAGGAAAAAGCCUGAGGCUCCCUUCUGAAGCAAGAUGGGAGGAUAGGAAAAUAGUUUGUCCUGUGACCGUUCUGCAGCUGUGAACCUAGAUCUGGAGUCUAUCUGGUUGCAAGCAUGUCUGCCCCACACAGUUGGUCCACAGGUGCUUGGCAGUCCUGCUCAACAGACAUUUGCCAGAAGCCAGUUGUUUUGAAUUCCUGGCGAGGCAUAUGUGUUGUUCAGUGACAGGGGAGCAAACCAUCCUUUUCUUGAGGACCAAAUCCAAGGAAUCCUGUUUCACUUCUCUGGAGCUUGAACAUUUGUGACUCAGGCUUGCAGUGGACUCUGGCUGGGCUCUCUACUUCCAAAAUGCCAAGGCCUACAUCUAAAUUUUCUUUUCAACAAACAAACAAAACCUCAUACUCUCUAAAAAUAUUGUAGUUUUGCUCCCAUUCAAAAAUUCAAAGUGCAUUUCCAUUUUUGUCUCCUUUAUGUAUAUUUUUAUUUUAUGUAAGAUUUUAUAUUCCCCAGUAGAUUGGAGAAGAAUUUGACGGGCCAGGAGUGAGAGAGGUUGUUGGGUGUGUGGAUAAAUAGGAGCAGUAAUCCGAAGCCUCAGGAGUUGAAUCUUAGUCCCUUACUGUAAAGUAGCUCCUGACAGUGCCAGAAAUCUACUUUACCAUUUAAAACUCAGCACCCCCGUCUAAUGUCAGGAAUGAGAGAGAUGACAUUACUGUAGACCCUACAGAUACUCAGAGACCAAUAGCAGAAUAUUAUGAACAGCUUCAUGCUGAUAAAUUCACCAGCUUAAGUGAAGUGGACAGAUGCCCAGAAAAUUUACAAAGGAACUAGGCUUACUCAGAGAUGAAAUGGGCAAUCUCAGCAGCCCCCAGCCCCUUUUCUACCAGAACUUGGUAGUUCUGAGACACGGGUAGCUCUCCAUUUAAAGGGUCAGGAACCUGACACUCUGGUAGCAGCUGUUUCUCAAGGCCAUGCCAGCAGUGUGACGGAGUCCAAUUCUUAUGCCACUGGCUUCCCGGCGUAUCUUUUGGGCUCUAAAGAUUGCUGUUCUUUAUUUGGGGGGACGUUUUUCCUGCUCAAGCCACACCUCUCACCCUCUUACCCCUUUUAAAGCACUGUAUUUGUCUUUUUAUUAGAAUUACAUGCACUGUCUUUGAAUCCUUGUUCUUUGUGUUUAGGGGGAGAUCUCUUCCACCAGCCUGCACUCAGACCAACUUGGAGAGAAAAAAAAAUCUUAAAUGCUGUUGCUGAUGUACAAUUUUAAAAAAUGUGAAGUUUGUAGCUUUAAUCUUUUGUAACAAAAACUAACACUGGCAUAAGUGCUGACUUGAAAUGCUAUUUUAUAAGGUUUGGAUGUAAAUAAUAGAGGUCAGCUGUUUGUAUACAUGUGAGACAUAGCUUCUUCCUCUGCCAUUUGUUUUUAACUUGAGGUACUUCCUGUGUGCUUUUAUGUUAGAGUUGUCCCCUCAUUUCUCCCCCCACACCUGUCACCCUUGUGUUAAAUAAACUGUCCUUUUGACCACA